AGUACGUCAGCAGCGGGAUGGCCGUAGCUGUGGCGGCGGCUGCAGAAGCCCGAGCAGCCGCGGCCGCAGUGGAGGCUAAAGCCGGAGCGGCGUCGGCGACGGCACCCCGGGGAAUUUAAGAUGGCGGCAGGGGGGGCGGCGGGCCUGCGGGAGGAGCAGCGCUAUGGACUGUCGUGCGGCCGGCUGGGGCAGGACAACAUCACCGUACUGCAUGUGAAGCUCACCGAGACGGCGAUCCGAGCGCUCGAGACCUACCAGAGCCACAAGAAUUUAAUUCCUUUUCGACCUUCGAUUCAGUUCCAAGGGCUCCAAGGGCUUGUCAAAAUUCCCAAAAAUGAUCCCCCCAAUGAAGUGCAUACCUUUAACUUCUAUUUGUCAAAUGUGGGUAAAGACAACCCUCAGGGCAGCUUUGACUGUGUCCAGCAAACGUUCUCUAGCUCUGGAGCCUCCCAGCUCAAUUGCCUGGGAUUUAUACAAGAUAAAAUUACAGUGUGUGCAACAAACGACUCGUAUCAGAUGACACGAGAAAGAAUGACCCAGGCAGAGGAGGAAUCCCGCAACCGAAGCACAAAAGUUAUCAAACCCGGUGGACCAUAUGUAGGGAAGAGAGUGCAAAUUCGGAAAGCACCUCAAGCUGUUUCAGAUGCAGUGCCUGAGAGGAAAAGGUCAACCCCCAUGAACCCUGCAAAUACGAUUCGAAAGACACAUAGCAGCAGCAGUGUUUCUCAGCGGCCAUACAGGGACAGGGUGAUUCACUUGCUGGCACUGAAGGCCUACAAGAAACCUGAGCUGCUGGCUCGACUGCAGAAAGAUGGUGUCAAUCAAAAAGACAAGAACUCCCUGGGAGCAAUUCUGCAGCAGGUAGCCAAUCUGAAUCCUAAAGACCUCUCAUAUACCUUAAAGGAUUAUGUUUUUAAAGAGCUUCAAAGAGACUGGCCUGGAUACAAUGAAAUAGACAGACGGUCAUUAGAGUCAGUUCUCUCUAGAAAACUAAAUCCAUCUCAGAAUGCUGCCAGCACCAGCCGUUCAGAGUCUCCAGUAUGUUCUAGUAGAGACACUGCAUCUUCUCCUCAGAAACGACUUUUAGAUUCAGACUUCAUUGAUCCUUUAAUGAAUAAAAAAGCUCGAAUAUCUCACCUAACAAAUAAAGUGCCACCAACAUUAAAUGGUCAUUUGAAUCCCACCAGUGAAAAGUCGGCUGCAGGCCUCCCGCCACCCCCUGCAGCUGCCGCCAUCUCCACCCCUCCACCGCCGCCUUCAACCCACCUGCCCGUCUCCCAUCCUCCUCAGACUGUAAACUCUAACUCCAAUUCCCCUAGCACUCCAGAAGGCCGGGGGACUCAAGACCUACCUGUUGACAGUUUUAGUCAAAAUGGUAGUAUCUAUGAGGACCAGCAAGACAAAUAUACCUCUAGGACUUCUCUGGAAACCUUACCCCCUAGUUCAGUUCUACUAAAGUGUCCAAAGCCUAUGGAAGAAAACCAUUCAAUGUCUCACAAAAAGUCCAAAAAGAAGUCUAAAAAACAUAAGGAAAAGGACCAAAUAAAAAAGCAUGACAUGGAGAUGACUGAAGAAAAGGAAGAGGACCUUACAAGAGAAGAGGGAAUUGCCAAGCUGAACAACUCCAGUCCGGGUUCCAAUGAAGGAGUUAAAGAGGGUUGCACUGCCUCCACGGAGCCUUCUUCAACAAUUGAACUCCCAGAUUAUUUGAUUAAAUAUAUUGCUAUCGUCUCCUAUGAGCAACGCCAGAAUUACAAGGAUGACUUCAAUGCGGAGUACGAUGAGUACAGGGCCUUGCAUGCCAGAAUGGAGACAGUAGCUAGAAGGUUUAUCAAACUGGAUGCGCAACGAAAGCGCCUUUCUCCGGGCUCAAAAGAGUAUCAGAAUGUUCAUGAAGAAGUCUUACAAGAAUAUCAGAAGAUCAAGCAGUCUAGUCCCAAUUACCACGAAGAAAAAUACAGAUGCGAGUAUCUUCAUAACAAGCUGGCACACAUCAAAAGACUAAUAGGUGAAUUUGACCAACAGCAAGCAGAGUCAUGGCACUAGAGCUCUGCUUGGACCAGAAGAUGUGAAUAAACUUAAGCUUAUUUAUUUAAAAUUCCAAAUGAAUUGCUCUAAGAUUCUAAAAAAAUGAAACUUUGCCUAUUGAAAGUUUCAGUAUUAGUAAACUUGAGUUACUUUUUUUUUCAUUUUACUUUGCUUCCCUGCAUUUUUGAAGCUGCUUUUUCUGGUUCUUUUUUUUUCCCUCAAGACUUGUGUUUGUCAAUAGAAAUAAUUUUUUUUAGAUAUUGGGGAUCCAGUGUCUAUACUUCAAAUCAGUUUUUUUUCCUUAAAAACUUGUGUUUGUCAUUAGAAAUGAUCUUUUUAGAUAUUGGGGAUCCAAUGUCCACACCUCAAAGUUAUAUGUGUUUAAAAAAAAAAAACAGUAAUGUACAAGGUGAAAUGCUUUUGGAUAAACAUAAGCCUAUUUUCUGACCUUUCUUAAUGCAAACUCUUUGCCUUAAAUGGUAGAAUAUUUAGAAAUUUGCACAAAAUACAAAAAAAAUUAAAACAUUGUUUUGGAGGGUUAAGAAAUCGAAAGGUAUAUGAGUCCAUGUAUGUGUAUAGAUAUACAUACACAUAUGUAUAUACAGGCUGACUUGAUCUAGAACAGUGAACCUGCCCUGCAAGUUAACCCCCCAUUGCAAUGGUUGCCUUAAGGUGUUUGCUAGUUGUGUACAUAGUGUGGUUAAUCAUUAGCUACACUGCUUCCCAACUGAUUACAGCAAUGGGAAGCACACUGUGGCCUACCAGCGUCUGAACGAGUGUGCUCAACCUGUCUGUGUGCAGAGGUGGUGUGGAUGUGAGCGUGCUUGAAGGAAAAAAAGCUGCUACUCUCAGUAGGCCAAACGCUCAGGUUCAACAACUGACGAGUGUUACUGUAGGUUUUUUGUUUUUUUUCUUCUGUCAGAUUGCUACUUCUAUUGUGGAAGACAAAAGCAUUUCCAUUUCAACAGUUUGUCAGCUUUAUUAAUGUUGGGCAAAAUCGAUAUGUUAUAAAAAUGAAACAGAUCUAUAGUUUUGGGGCAAAAUUAUAAAAUUAAACAUGUAGGUAAUCUAUUUAUAUACUGCUAUAAAGUAUUUUUUGAAGAGAGAUAUGCAAAGAAGCUAUUACCUACAUGAAAUGUAUAUUUAAAGAUUUUUUUUCCAUCCUGGGUACCAGGAGUAUAAAAAAGAGCAGAUAUAUUUACCAUAACAUACUGUGAUUCAUCAAACAGCACAAACUUUCAUUUCAUGGAGUUUAUCUGUUGACGUUGGUUUAAACUAUCACUUGUUUUAUCAUGUGGGAACAUAAGUUAUGUGGUCAAAAAUAUAAGGACUUUGAACUUAUGUUGAUUCAAGUUGUGUUGUCUUAUUGUAUUGUCUUUUCAAAGUGCUGCCAGUUGAAAAGGGAAGCAUUAUGUUUACAAAUCUGUUUUGAAAUGUUUGCCAAAAUUUUGGUAGUAUCUUUAAUAAAGAUGUUUGUCUCCAGCAUCCAAAAAACUAAAUAAAUAACUUUCUUGUGUAUGGCUGUAAACCAGAAAAUGUUGGUGUCUAGAAAACCUGAGAGAGCAUGUAGAUGAACUUUUCUCUUUGGAGUUCUCCUAAAACAUUAACUGGAAAGAGUAGAUAAUAUAGGAAAAGUGUACAAACUAUACAAAGACUGAAACAAGACCCUGUGCACUAUAACUCUGUAACGUUACUACGGAAAUUUGAUUUCUGUGUAGUUUGGACCUCCUAGGGCAUUAGAUUUCUUUUAGCAUUGAGAUCCCUGGUGCUCUUCCUUUUACCUCAGAAUUGGUACAAUCAUUUUUAAAUGUUCAUUGAUUUCAAACUUUCAGUGGAAAAAAGAUAGGAAAGGAAACCUAAUUGGGGAUAAAUUUGGUCCUCCUCUUAUGGUGGAGUCUCUGAGGGAUUUGUCUGUAGGUGAUGACCUCGUUGGUGUCAUUUCUUGGACAUCUUGGCCUUUUAAUCAAAGAUUGUGUGCUGCUAUUUGCUAUGAGCGGUGUUUCUCAAAAGCAAGGUGCUUGGACCACUUCCAUCACCCGAGCUAUACCCGGGGUAUAAGGCCCAUGUAUCCACAUUUUCAUAAAUAUCCUCCAGGUAACUUUUGCAAGCUAAAGGGGGAGAACCAUUGCCUUGGAUGUAGCGCUAAACCUUUAGGUCCCUAAAUCUCCAAGUCUUGAACUGAAGUUCAACUACUGACUUUUUUUUUUAAGCCUAGCCCUAUCAGCAGGUGCAAAUCACUUUUCCCCUCUACAUGAUAUGAGGCACCCUCUCAAUUGUUUCACUGCCAAUUCUUAUUUCAGAACUUGUUUACAAACAAGCCUUCCAGUUGGUUAAUCGUCAGCCCUUGGAGCUCCUACCCACCUACAUCAGCACAUCUUCUGGUUUACAAAUAGGGUAAUAAUGGAAGCUGGAGAUGCUUUAUGAAAAUCCAGCAUUUCACACCCAUAGACUUGACCACUUACCUAUAAAAGCCUUAAUUUAGAUGUCUGUUGUGUACCUUGGGCAGAUCCUUGCAAAAUAUAUAUCUGUCUGGUCAGUCGCAAAUUUGAGAGUUGUAAAUCUCUGAAUCUACUAUCACCUGUGGUGGCUGCAUCCUGUUUGAAGAUGGGGAUGAGCUUGUUAAAAUAUUUAUAAUCAUUCUUCAUCUCCUACUGUAAGAUUUUUAGAUUCUCUCAAAUAAUUGCUGCAGGAAUGGGUGGCCACUUAGUAUUAGUUACUAUGGUGGAAGAAUUUAUUUAGGGGUGUUUUUUUUUGAGAGAGAGAGAAACAGUAAGUAUAAAACAGCACUGUCAAGAUGAGAGAAUGAGUUGUGUUAUUUUUUCAUCACAUUUCAUCUAAAAUAAUUUGAAGCACUCUUGAAGAGUUUUACCAACACCCAUAAAUUAACUCCAGAUUGCAUGAACAGCUGAUUUAAUACAAACCAAAAAGAACAUUAACUAGAUGUGGUUUUGUUUUUUAUGUGGGGAUUUCAUUUCCUAUCUUGUUGGUUAUUUAUUUCCCUUGGAAUAAUUCAGAGGGGUUAACUUUCAGCUCUGAAUGGUGAUAGAUGUUCAGUACUUGCUCUCCUAAAAGUAAUUGGUGUAGUCAGUUUAUGUCAUUGUUCCAUGCAUUGAUUAUAAAAAUUCAGUAUUAAUUUUCCUUCAUCUCUGAUUGAUCUUUUAACCUUUACAGGAAUUUUCUUUUCCCUUAAAGUAUUUCACAUUAUGUAAAACAAACGCAUACUUGCGUCUUAGAAGCAAGAUGUUGAAAUGAGGUUUAGACACCAAUGGUCCAUCAGUUCCAACACUCUGAUUGGUUGCCUUACCCCUUCCGUUAGUACAGUCUUUGCUUCUGGAACUUGGCUGAAACUCUUUAGCCAGUUCAUUGUCUUUCUGGCAGUGUGAGUGUUGAGUCACGUAUGUUUGGUAUAUGCCUUUACUACUUUUGAAGUUCUUACAGUUUAUUACUUGCCUAAAUGUUACUAAAUCCUUUUCUUAUAUGUACUGGAUGAGGGAAAAAUUAUAGCUAGCACUUGGAGAGGAACCUUUGGGGAAAGGAUAUUAACUGACACUACUAAAUGAAGGCAACAGAAGAUGUUAUCAGUGUACUUUGUAACCCGAAAACUGAACAAGGCCGUGAGGCUCAUUUCAAAAUAUUUUGAAGUGUUAAAAAUAUAUAUAUAUUUACGCUGUUUCUCAGUUGUUCCAUCCCAACCGUGUCAGGACUCUCAAAGGUGAAGUGUCACAGGGACUUCUCAGUUGUUACGAGCUCAGCAGCUGUGGUGGCCCCUGUUGUUCUACCACAAUUCCAAUUCAAUAAAAAUGUUAACUUUGCAA